UAAACCAGUCGUCUGAUAAACACUGACUGAGGUUAUGAGUUCGGUGAGUUGAGGAAAAGGCUAUUUACUUUUGAUGUAUGCGGAAAAACGAGGAUCAAUCAGAAAGGAUUUACAGAAAAACAGGAAAACACAUAGAUUCGCAGCAUUUCAAGUGUAUUAUGGAGUUACUCUGAUUAAAGCACAAUUGGGAGCGGUAACUCGUUUCACGAUGAAUGCUUAAUACUACGAGAAGUGUAUAAACAGAUAUGUGCUCAAAUAUUGACCCCAUGGUAUGCAUGGAAAAUGCAACAAGUGACCCGAGUGAACAUGGUACUUGUGUUCAACACAAUGAGAUGGAAGUCGAUAGUACUGAACAAGCAGAACAUGUGCCUAAAAACUUGUCGGUGGAAGACAAGUUAACACAAGAACUGAAUUUAGCGAAAGAAAUGCUGAAGGAAAAGAUGAACGAGUUGGCUAGUGAGAAAAAUGCUUAUUUACGACUUGAACAUGAAAGAGUUAUCUUGUCAGAAUGAUCGGGAACAAAGCAAUUUUAGCUGCAAAAGUGCAACAUUAAAUAUAGUCAACUGCAGGAAGAAAAAGAAGCCUGUGAAGCUAGGUAUACGCAAGCACGACAGGCCGCAUCCAAUUACUAUGCUGCUCUAGAAGAACAAAAACAAAUAAUAGAAAUAGCAUCAUCCACAGAAGAACGUUUACAACGGAUUAUUGAUCAGGACACGCAUGAUAUGAAAGCUCUUGUAGCUAAGAUUGUACAGCUACAGGAACAGAUCCAUUCGACGGAAGAUAAAUAUGCAACUUUAAACAGAAAGGAUAAAACUAAAUUAGAAAGCUUAGAAAAGGAGAAUUUGACAUUCAAAAUUAAGCUAUGUUCGGAGCGAAGACAUAUGGAAGAAAAAAUGAAUCGAAUGAAUCAAAAGUUUUCUGUAGAAAUCAACAAAUUGAAAGAAUCUUUUACGAUUGCAGUACAGGAAAAAGACGAUCUUACUAUCAGGUUAAGUAAGUUAGCAAGUGCCAGUUUAACACACAAUAAUCCGAAUAUUGCUGACCUGAGUGAUCCUAAUCGACCAACAAAACUGGCGGAAGCAUUCUCCGAGCUGUAUGACAACGAAUGGACUGAUGCGUUCGAAACACUGAAGGACGACGAUGAAGUCAAAAGAGUUAAAAGCCUUUCGACUAUGUUGCAGAAAGCGUACGGAUUAAGUGUGAGCUUAAGCAAAGAGGCUUUGAUCGAUAUAAAAGGAACAUCUGCUAAAAUUGUAUUCAACAUUAAAACACAGCACCAUGAGCGCGAACAUUCUGGUUUUGUUAGCGGUUCAAAUUCUAGUGAGCAAAACAAUGUAAACAGCAACGAUUCCAAUUCUUUGACUAUAAACAGCCUAAACGACAAUACACCAGUUUUACAAACUGAACAUUUCGAAAAUGCAAUCAGAGUUGAAACGAUUACUAGUCACGUAUCUGCCAUGGAAAGCUACGACAGGGAAAAUAGAAUGACAGCAUCGCAACAAAAUCUAUUGAAAGAAAACACGCACCAUGAUAAUGUGACAGAAAAGCAUCAAGAAAAUGAAUCGAAAAACGAUGCUCAACAUACAACAAUACCAAUUUGUGAGGUGGAUGAACAGCUACAUGUACACGCAACCCAUAAACUACUAGAGCUUAGUGAAUGCUCUUCUGAGAUAGAUACUGUUAAAAAGAAUGAAUCAGAAAUGGAAAUUGCAACAGUUGAUUUUGAUUUUGAACAAUUGCAACCGACUGAGAAACAACUCAUCAGCGAUAUCAGAAAACGGAUUUUUAAUGAUAUCAAAGAUCAAAUUAUUUUCAUGAUCUCCGAUGCAGUAGUUGCAGGGAUGAAUCUACGAGCUUGUGAAAACAGUAUUUUCACCUACGUGAAGGCAUGCGCUUCCAUCUGCUGGCAGAUGCGCAUCCACCAACCACCUGUCUGCAUUGAUUUCGUAGAGGUUGAUGAUCAAACACCGUUUAAUACAGCGUCAUACAAACAUUACACAAAAAGCGGUCCUCGGAUAGAAUACGUAGUGUGGCCGGCCUUGUACCUUCACGAAGGAGGACCGUUGCUUAGCAAAGGUGUUGCACAGGGGAAAUAACUUAUGUUGUGUUUAUCAAAGAUUUGUAUUAUACAAUAGUUUUAACAUAUUAAAUUGACAAUUUGUAA